GAUGGAUUCAAUUGGUCAACUCAAACUAAACGCACUUGUGUGACUAUUCCUAACGUAUGUUUAUUUUAUCUUCUUUAUGUUUUUGUUAGAAAGAGCGAACUUUCGAAAGCAGAAUGACACAAUUCGUAGAAAAGGAUACCUACAGCCUUGGUGAAUGAUCAGCCAAUCAAAACGUUAGCUGUAAACAGCAGGUGUUGCAGCUGUCAAAAUUCCAUUUAAAUUUUAACGAAAAUAUACUGAUUAAAUAUAUCUAUUACAACAAAUCGGAACAAUAGCAAUACAAAUUAUACUUAUUCAAGUUUUUGAAGAACAAGUCAAAAAAUAUUAUUCAUAUUAGUACAUUAUCGUAUUUUAAAUAAAAAAGGAUUUAUAAUAUUGCUAUUUAUAUUUAUAUUUUCUAUAAACAAAAAUAAUUUCUUAGCAAAGACCAUAUUUUAUAUAUUUUACAUAUUUGAUAUUUUAAUGCAAUUAUGUAUUCACCAUUAUCGCCACAAACUAGUCUCAGUUCAGAAUUGAGAAAGAUCAUAAAUGAAAGAAAUAUGCUGAGUAUGCGGAGCCGUAUGAAAGUUUUACAUGCUUUGAAUGAAGACAGUGAGAGAUGCGCAGAGGAAAGAGAAAGAAUUCUAAGAUCUCAAGCCAUUCAAGAAAUAUUAACCACAGAAGUUACUUAUUUACAACAAUUGGAGAUUUUGACAGAAUUUUUUAUACAACCAAUUCUUGAAAAAAAAUUAUUGAAUCAUCCGUUACUUGUCACUCUAUUGGAGAACAUAAAGACACUAUAUAAUGUGAGUGGUGAAUUAGUGGCAGGAAUAAAAAAUAAUCCUGACAAUAUAACCGAAGUAUUUCACAAACUGGCACCUUUUUUUAAACUGUAUUCCAUUUAUGCUUAUGAUUAUACACAAGUACUGAAUCUAUUACAGGUAAGUGAAGAGAAUGACCCUAUAUUUAAAAAAUUUAUUUAUGAUCAAGAAACAAGACCAGAAGUAAGUAGGAAAUUAUCUUCAUUGUUAAUUACUCCGGUGCAAAGAGUACCAAGGUAUCAACUACUUGUUAAAGAAGUGUUGCAACAUACUCCUUAUAGACACAGAGAGUAUAGAUCUUUACAAGCAUGUUUAGUUGAAAUUGAAAAAUCUGCAAAACAUAUAAAUACUUUAAUUGCACAAAAUGAAGAAAUGCAAAAAUUGUUAAAUCUUCAAAAAAGCAUCGUUACUUCAAUUAAUCUCGUUAAGCCUGGUAGAAUAUUAAUCAAACAAGGACCAUUGAUGCGAGUUUCAAGGCGAGGAAAUUCUGCUUACAAAAGAUACUUUGUACUUUUAAAUGACACUUUACUAUAUUGUAAAGGCGAGCCAGAAACUUCAUUAAACGUAUCUUGUGUUCUACCAUUAAAUAAAUGCAGUUUAACUUGUGUUCUGAGCAAGAAAUUGUUUCGUAUAACAUGCUUACAUGAAACGUUUCUGUUAUAUUCAGAAAAUGGCGAUAGCAACGAGUGGAUACAAUCUAUUGAAAGUGCUAUUAGAAAAUAUACUGAAUGUAGACAAACCUUGAGAAAGGAAAGUAGCUCAAGAAAACCACUUAGACAUAAGAAUAUUAAUAAAUUUCCAUCGGAUGAUAUACCAAAAAAGUCCAUUAAAAGGAAAAGAUACAUGAAAGAUGAACAGAUAUCAUUGGAUUCUUCCAAUAUUAUAUACUUUAAAAAGGAUAUAGAAGCAGAUGAUGAUAUUCCACAAGAAAACACUUGUUCAUUCUUUUGCACCAAGAAAUUUAAACGAGAUCAGUUUUCUAAAACUGAUGAUAAUGCUCCCCAAGCCAAAAAUAUAAAAUUACAUGAAAAUAUAAACAAACAAUGUGUACCUACGUAUAAAUAUUUAAGAGAAUCAAAUAAUUAUAGGAAUAAUGAUCUAGCAGCAAUGAGGAUGCACGAAACGAGUUCAAUUGCGUCGAUCAUUGAAGAAAACGAAUCGUCACCAUUUCGGAUACUUGGCGAAUUUUUUACCUAUAUCGGUACAUCUAUAAAAGAUCUUUUUACAUUCAGAUAAUUUACUAAAAUAUUCUAUUGCAACAUAAGACAAUAAGGGAAAGAUAAAUUAUUAUUUUAUAAUAAUAUAUAGAGUUACAUAUUGUAUUGCGUGUGUAUGUAAAUGUAAAUUAUUUUAUUUUAGAAUAUAAAAAUAACUAAA